AGUAUAGAAAAUCUUAAUUUAUUUUUUAAUACAACAAGUUGAUACUUAAAACGAAAAUAAAUGUAAAAAGCAAGAGGCUACCAUAGAAAACAUUCAGCUUGAAACGUUUUUUGUUCGAUUAUUUGAAUAUGAGUGGAAAUAUAUCGAUUAAUUCACUGCCUAUAGAGACAUUCACAGAAAUACUUAUUAAAAUAGAUGGAAACAGCUUAGCAAGAUGUAGAAGAGUGUGUAAACAGUGGAAAGAAGCUAUCGAUGAAACUGACAUAAUUUGGCAAGAAAUGUGUUUCAGGGAAUUUAAAAAUUCUUCAAAAAUAGCAAAGAGAAAAAGUGGCGAUACAGUCGGCUGGUAUCACAUUUACAGGAACUUAAAACUGUGGGCCGAUAUUUCAUCUUUCGAGAAAACCAUAAAAGAGUUCUAUAAAUUCAAUUUACACGAUAGAUCGCACCUGCUGGACAUUAAUUAUGGAGUCAUACCAUUGAAGGAUGCGAAAGGAACAUUUUUUUACGACGCGGCAUUUUUAAAAUAUAUUCCUGUAGCGUUAUCUGAUAUAAAUUGCUUGAAAAUAUGGAACAGUGAUUAUGUGACAGUUAUCCAAAUUAAAUCUGGUAUUUUCAUACAAAGAACUGUGAUUGAUCCAAGUUAUGCCACAGAAGCAUUUUAUAAAGCUGAUAAUUUUGUAUUGAACGGUGAUUACUUGUAUUUCUACAAUAACAGAGAUGUUUAUAAAUGUAAUCUAUUAUGUAGAGAGCUGAUACCUAAAUUGCUAUUACGCUGUGCAUAUGAUUUAAAAGAAAUACAAUUUAACAAUGAAGUAAUUCAUCUUUUUACUGACUGUGGUAAAAUAAUUAACAUCUUAAAAGAUAACUCAAUACAAGAGAGAAUAAUAAACUGCCCGGUAGAAUGGAUAAAACAUAUCAAGAAUAUAACUGCUGUAGAUGACAAGAAUUUCAUUUGCUACUCACGGAAUUUGUUUAAAAUCGAAACGGAAGACUAUCAGCAUUUGUAUUUAGAUUUCCCGCCAAUAACAGCAUUGUUUUUUUAUAUUGAUGUUGUGAUUAUUGGGCUAAGGAAUGGUAGCAUACUGCUAUAUAGAUUGUCAAGUCAAAAAAAAGCAACCAGACCCAUUUUUGAAACAUUAGCGGAGUUGCCAGAUGGAAAAUUUCCUGUUCAAUUAGAUGUUUAUGAAAGGAAGGCUGGUCCCAUGAUUGCAGCGGCAACAUUUUUUGAAUUGUAUUUGAUUGAAGUUACGUUUUUCCCUCAUGAACAGCCGGUGAAAAAUACAUUUACAAGCAAUAAACUCCACAUGUACAAAAGAUUACAAAAAUUGAAGGAGAGAUUGCAAGAUUCAUAACAGUAUUUUAUUAUUAUGAAAAGGAGGGAAAAUUUGUUGCUGUUUUUAUUAAUUGUUGUGUAGCAUUUUUUUUAAAGACAAAAAAUCUAGUUUAACUAGAAUUAUAAUAUAAACCUAGUGAGUUUUAUUAUACAAAUAGCUUUUAUACAUUUUAACAUUGAAAUUUGCAUUGAAUUUUGAUAGCCAGGAAGGCAUGAAUUAUAAUAUUUUUUCAUGAAUUAAAAGUAUUUUAAAUUGUGAUAAAAAUAAUUUAAAUUUUAAAUUAUUUCAUUUUCCUUAGAUGCAAAUACAUAUCUUUACGUACCUAUUUAUUAAAUUGUUAAAAUAUGUCACAAAAAAAUCGCACAUUAAUGUGUAAAGUAUGUAUAGGUAUUUCAGAAAACUUAUUCAUUAUUGGUUUUAAUUUGCAAUUUGACUAGUCAGUAUUCUACUAAGUAUUAAGUUUAUGUUAUGAAAAAUGAUUAAGUAUUAUUUAUGUACUAAAUUAAAAAUGUGAGACCA